CCUCGCAAUUCUCUCCGGUAAGAACACAAGCGUUAAUCUCUCUGCGUCGUGUCGCGUUAGUCUACCUUAAUCGGUAUCUUGCUUCCAUCUAUGAACAGAUGCGAUCGGAAGAUUAGGGUUUUGUUUUUAGCGCAUUAUUGUUUCUUCCAUUUUUCUGUGAUCGGAAAACUCGUGUUUGCAGUCGAACGAGGAGAUCUCAGUCAAUCGAUCGAGUAAAUUAACAGAGAUGGGAGGAGCUGAGCAUGGACAUGGACAUGGACAUGGAGCUGAGGAUUUUAGGACGAAGGUCUGGAGCAUGUCGGGUGGUCCAUACUGCCGGCCCAAGCACUGGCGUCGCAACACCGCGAUUGCCAUGUUUGGUGUCUUCCUAAUUUGCAUCCCAAUCGCUAUGAAAUCUGCGGAGCUUGAGCAACGGCCUCAUCAUCCUGUGCGCCCAAUUCCUUCGCAGCUCUGGUGCAAGAAUUUUGGAAACAAAGACUACUAGUAUCAGUAUUGGUUGAAUACAACCUUCAUUUGUAUUGUUGAUUGAAGUGGAUUUGAAGAUCUUUUGAAGACAUGCUCUUGUGAUGCUUCCUACCAUGUGAACUUAUUAGUCAUACCAUCAUCAAUAAGUCAUGUGGAAGAAAACGUUAAAAACUGUUCCCUGGAAGUUGCAUAUUUAUGUGCAUAUUUGUGUUUUGAUAAUCAUUAACAGUUGUUAACUUGCCUGAAAAAAAGUUUCAGAGUUUGAAAUCAAUGCAGUGGAAUGCUUGGUGGGAGAUAAGACUGUUACUGCCGCAAGGCAAGAUAACAACACUCUAGGUUUCCUGCAGCAUUUUGUUCUAGAAAGUAUUGUGCAUUAACCAGCUUGCUUGAAUCAAACUUUGGGAAUAUGUUCCCUUAGAUUUGUAUUGAAAUUGUACUUAAUGAAUCAACACAACUCGG